AGAAAAAGUUAGGCUUUUUAGGAACUUCAGAACAACCUUGGCGCGCUGAAAGUGUACACCUCGCGCGCGUGAAGAAGCUGUUGUAGAUCAAAGAUAUCAUGAUCUUUUCAUCUUUUCAUGUACUCAGAUGUUGCGUGGGUUGAAACUUUUUUCUCUUAUUUUUUUUUUUUUUACUGAGAAAAAAAUCUGGGGGGCUGAACCAGCAGCCUGGGGAUCGAGUUACACUCUCGGAGGCCAGAUUUUUUCUCUCCCUCUCUCUCUCUCUCUCUCUCCUCCAUCCGAAAGUGGGGGAUGGUGCUGAAGCCAUUCUGUACUUUCUUUUCUUCCUUUUUUUAACAUCCUGAGGACGUCUUACAGUUAAAAAGUGCAUACAAUUUCAUUUUUUCUUUCUUUACGCACCGUUUUCACGCACUGAAGCCUUCGCGUUGGAGUGGAAAGUUUUUUUUUUUUUAAUCGCGGGAUAUAAUAAAGAAAAGGACAAGAAGACAUUCCUGGAAGUUGUGCGGAUAAAAAGUAAUCCGUUAUUAUGUGAACAAUCCUGGAAACAUGGUUUCGGAGUUGCUUUCUGGAACCCUUUCGGCUCGCGGGAUGAAUUAACGGAAUUAACGGACGACACCAACAAACAAAAAAUUCCAGUUUAAAAGCAGUUGUUUUUGUUUUUGCUCUCCAAAAUGUCUCCCAGGUCUAUUGUCGGUGGAUUUGGGAUGCUUUGGGUUUGUUUUGGCUCCGUGCUGGCGAGCCAGGCCGUGAUGUUCCCCCUAAAUGAGAGUUUGUCUAAUGAACACUGCAAGAAAACGACGACUUGUGAAGUGCUGAAGUACAAUACGUGUCUCGGGUCGCCCUUGCCGUACACACACACGUCUCUGGUGCUGGCUGAAGACUCGGAGACGCAAGAAGAGGCUUUUGAGAAGUUGGCCAUGUGGUCUGGUCUGAGAAAUGCUCCUCGGUGCUGGGCGGUCAUUCAGCCAUUACUGUGUGCUGUUUACAUGCCCAAGUGUGAGAACGGUAAAGUGGAGCUUCCCAGCCAGACCCUGUGCCAGGCGACACGCCGACCCUGCAGCAUAGUGGAGCAGGAGCGAGGGUGGCCCAACUUCCUAAAGUGUGAAAACACAGACAAGUUUCCCAUCGGUUGCCCGAAUGAGGUGCAGAAAAUCAAAUUCAAUACAUCAGGACAAUGUGAAGCUCCUUUGGUCAAAACGGAUAUCCAGGCCAGCUGGUACAAGGAUGUGGAGGGCUGUGGGAUUCAGUGCGACAAUCCGCUCUUCACGGAGGAGGAGCACUCCAACAUGCACGGCUACAUCGCCAUCUUCGGCUCAAUCACCCUGCUGUGCACCUUCUUUACACUGGCCACAUUUCUUGCCGACUGGAAAAAUUCCAACCGCUACCCGGCUGUAAUCCUUUUCUACGUCAACGCCUGCUUCUUCGUGGGCAGCAUCGGGUGGCUCGCUCAGUUCAUGGACGGAGCUCGCAAAGAGAUCGUGUGCAAAAGCGACAACACCAUGCGGCUUGGAGAGCCCUCGUCGACAGAGACGCUUUCGUGCGUCAUUAUUUUCAUCAUUGUGUACUACUCCUUGAUGUCAGGGGUCAUCUGGUUCGUUAUGCUUACCUACGCCUGGCACACAUCUUUCAAAGCCCUGGGCACUACGCACCAACCUCUGUCUGGAAAGACGUCCUACUUCCACCUGGUCACAUGGUCCAUCCCGUUUAUCCUCACAGUGGCUAUACUGGCCAUUGCAGAGGUCGAUGGAGACUCUGUUAGUGGGAUCUGUUUCGUUGGCUACAAAAACUACAAAUACCGUGCCGGGUUUGUUCUGGCUCCAAUAGGUGUGGUGCUCACAGUCGGUGGCUAUUUCCUCGUAAGAGGGGUCAUGACAUUAUUUUCCAUCAAAAGUAACCAUCCAGGACUGCUGAGUGAAAAAGCAGCGAGCAAAAUCAACGAGACCAUGCUGAGACUCGGUAUAUUUGGUUUUCUAGCAUUCGGUUUUGUUUUCAUCACUUUCGGAUGCCAUUUCUACGACUUCUUCAACCAGGCGGAAUGGGAAAGGAGCUUUAGGGAAUUUGUGCUAUGUGAAGCUAAUGUCACUAUAGCACAUCAGACUAAAAAGCCAAUCCCAGAGUGCACCAUCAAAAACCGGCCCAGUCUGCUGGUGGAGAAGAUCAAUCUGUUCUCUAUGUUCGGCACCGGCAUCGCCAUGAGCACGUGGGUGUGGACCAAGGCCACUAUACUCAUUUGGAAGCGCACGUGGUGUAGGAUAAUUGGGCGCAGUGACGACGAGCCGAAGCGCAUCAAGAAGAGCAAGAUGAUCGCCAAAGCAUUCUCGAAGCGGAAGGAAAUCCAAAUGGAUCCGGAAAAAGAAUUGUCCUUCAGCAUGCACACGGUCUCCCAUGAGGGACCUGUAGCGGGUAUUAACUUUGAACUGAAUGAGCCGUCCAUGGAAAUGUCCUCCGCCUGGGCCCAGCACGUGACAAAGAUGGUGGCACGGAGAGGUGCUAUUUUACCUCAGGACAUCUCAGUUACACCCACUGGGACACCUGUGCCUCCUCCUGAAGAGCGCAACAGACUGUGGAUGGUCGAAGCCGAUAUCUCCCCUGAGAUGAUGAAACGUAAAAGGAAAAAGAAGAAGAGAAAGAAGGAGGUGCGUACAGUAGUGCCUGCUCCAGAGGACGUGAAUUCCCGUCACAGAGACUUCGGUCCCAGCGCUGUCCCUCGCCUCCCAAAGCUCCCGGCGCAUCGCAGCCUCGUGGCUAACCUGUGGGACCGCCAACGGCAGCAAGAAGAGAACGUCCUUCCAGGGUCCUUCCCGGAAUUCCGACCUUCAUGUCCGAUUCCGUACCAGGAGAGAUACGGAGGGCUUGGAUAUGUUCCAUCGAGCCAGCGCAGCAGGGAGCCUGGAUUUAACCUCGCCAACCCACUGACGCUAAACCAAUACGAGGGACGGGGUCAGUUUAAACAACCGGCCUGGCAGGCUAAAGGAUCUAACGGAGUGUUUCACUAUUCAGGGCAGGAGAUGCCUCCGUCAGUGGGGGGUGGCAGGACAGGCAUAACAACACCUCGAUCAGAGGCCAGGAAACCAGUGACCGCGCCAAUCCACUCCAGAACCAACCUAAUGGAGGCAGAACUGAUGGAUGCUGACUCAGAUUUUUGACUUUGCCCCGCAUUAAGUAGCUCUGAGGAAUUUGUUCACAAAGUGCUGGAUACUUUGCACCACAAGUAGACAGAAACAUGUAAGACAGGUUUCCUGUCUCGGUGCCUAUACUCGUAUGUGGAGCUCUGUGACUGGUUGGGGAUUUAUUUUUUUAUUAGACACAGACUGAGCGCGACCAUCUGUCCGUUUUGCCAUCAGUAGUGCAGAGCUAAUGCUAAGCUAGUGGAUUGGACCUCAAGUGCAUCUGCGCCAUGCAUCUGUGUUUGGUGAGAUGAAGCUGACUUAAACAAACCAGCACUCCUAGGGUAGAAGGAAGUAUGAACAUCAUUCUCAGAAAAUGUACGUUACAGUUGUGAGGUCACAUGAAGUAUUGCUAAUUUAAAAAUGAUUUGACAUGAUAAUUCACGUUACUGUUUGUGUGAACUGCGUGGCAGCUUUGCGAUUGCAAAUCAGUACACUUGGUAUCAGGCUGCGUACAGGCCACUAUGCUAUGCUAAAGGAGCUUGAUGCCACAAGGUAGGUACAAUCGCUAAGUUCACACCAUACAGUACAAGGAAAAGGGCUGCUGCAUUAGAUAUACAUUCGCUCAUUAGGUUUAUGCUUUCCUCCAAACUUACUUGGAAUUUCAAUCAAUGCCUAAAACCACCGAGCCUCCACUCACCUACAGAGGUCGUUUAGUGUCAACAUUAAUCUGAGCUAUGGCACUUUUAAGUUAAUGUGUAUGGGACUGGAUCAUAACACCGUCAUAUAUACAGUAUGGCUCAGUCCUCUGGUUUAUCCAGUCUUGGCUCAUGGAACUGAUCUCAACAAAGGAUAUUGUAAAAAAAGAAAUUUGUAUUCUUAAAUAUUAUUUUUAUCUGUACUUUCAUAUGAAGUUGCCUGGUGCAGCUACGAACAUGUUUCAUUGUAGAUGUGGGCUAUGUGAACACAAGGGCAUUUUUAAAGAACUGACUGUAAAGAUGAUGUUAUCAAAAUUGUUUGUGUUUGUUGUGUUGUUCUGCUUCUGUUCAAAGUGAUUGCUGUACAGUUCUAUCAGAAAGGCUAUGUUUGUAUGUUAGCAUGUAGUUUCACAUUUUGACCUUUUUUCUUUUGUACAUACUUCAGUUUCACAUUGUGCUUUGGCUCACUUUUGCAUUGUAUUUGUACGUUCAUUUUUCUUUUAACACAGAAUGUCUUAUAUUUUGGAUUUGACUUGUGCACAUUUAAGUUUGAAAUUGCAUAUGAAAUUAAUUCGGUUUUUAUCACUUAAACAGUUAAAAAAUUAAUUGAUUAUGAAUAAAAAAAUUAAUUAAAUUUAGAUAUGCAAUGCAGACAGCUAUAUUCUAGAAUACAGCAACAAAAGCAAAUAAGAACAAAUACAAAUACAAAUUCAAAAGUUGGUAAAGUAAAUCAAUCCAUUUUAGCUUAAUAAACGAGGUCCAACAUUAAGAGAUUAUUAGAACCUGAAUUUGAUCAAAUGUGUCUAAAAUCUGUGGUUGUGCUUCAAAUUUAAAAAUGAUGUGCUGUACAUCUGAGAAUUUCAUUUUUUUUAAAACUGAAAUUCAGUUUGCUUUAAUUAAAGGCCAAAGCUUCAUAUGCAAUUUCAAAAUAAAAUGUUAAAAUUGAGAGGGUACAAACAUCUUUCCAUAUGUAAUAUAGAAAGAAUUGUUGUAUACUUACCUGUACUUACUAACCUCCAUGCAACGAUGUACUGUGCAGUAUUUUCACAUCAGCAAAAUUAAGCUUAGAAGAUAUGGUCAUUGUUUGCUUGCUGCAAACCAUUUUUUUUAACCUAUAAAAUGCAAAAUUGUUAAGGUAUACAUUAUUGUUUUUUGUAUAGGUAUCUAAAAAGGGUGUUCAAGUCAAACAGAGACUUUCCAUUUGUAGAGCACGGUUAUGAGAGUAAAAACUCCCUUUAUUUCUCUAUAUAAUCCCCUGCUACGCUAAUGCACUUAUCUCAUUAUUUCACUAGUGCUUGGACACCAUCAAGGUAGAAAGUUUUCUCAGUACGCCAAAGCCAUGAUGAUGUUUGCUUCAUAUUCAAAAUGCUGGCCUCUUAGGAGCUCCUUUAAUAGCCCAAGCAUGUGGAAAUGGCUUGGAGUGAGGUCAGAACUGUAUGGGGGGAUGUGGCAAUAACUCCCAGCCGAAUUUCCGUAAUGCAUCUCUUCUGCAAGUUGGUGAAAAGUUUGUUUUCAAGAAACAGGAAUUCUACUUGCUGAUUGUUCAUGAAAAUUGGACUUUGAGCCACUUUUGCCAUGAUUGUCAUUCACAGACAUACAAUAUUUUUUAAAACAUUUGCACUUUUCAAAUGUUUUACUGCGGCUAAGAGUCUUAUCACAAUACUGUGCUUGGAGUUUUCUGUAAAUCGGUUUUACACCUUCAUUCAUGGUUCUGGUUUGACUUGAACGCCCCUUGUAUAAGAGAUAUACAUACAGGUAAACAAAAAAAUGCUGUAUACAUUUUUGAAUGACAUGGUGAAUAAAAUAAGGUAUAUUAUUGUAUAAAUAACUGGGAUAAGCCUUACUUUCCACCAACAUAUUGUGGUUUCGCUUAGAUCUUGAUGAUUGUUUAAUGGUGUCAUUAUUAGUAUUUUUCUGUCUUCUUCAUGGAUUGAUAUCAACAUGUAAACUAUCUGGAUGAUUUAACAGGUGCUGUGAUUGAUUCUAGAGAUCUUGGUGGGGUAAGUUUGGAAAGUAAAGUGAUAAUUUUUUUUUUUAUCAGGAUCAGUUUGUAAAAUAUUUUUUAUUUACCUACAGUACAGACUACCGCCAGCCAUGUGGGAUAUACUGUACAGCUGCAAAAUCCUCUGAUUUGUAUAAAACUGACUCAAUAUAUGAUUUUUAAGCUUGUUACAUGGUAUAGCCUUAUGUUAAAUUAUGUUUUUCACUUUAUAGCCUGCAAAAUACUUUGAAAUGAACUUAAAACUGUAUUUUGCGCAUUUGUUUAUAACAAUAAACAAAAUGUA